CAGGAGCAUCUGUACGCGUGACCAACAGUUUUGCCUGUUGAAAAAGUAAACAUAUAAUAGCUGUGACGGGAUGGAAUACCACUGUAGUCUCAUGUUCUUAUAAUUUUAGGAGCGUAGAGCUUUUGAUAGUUUCAGUGGCUUAAAGUUUCACACUCCAAUGUCCCAUUUUACACCAAAAGUAUUUUAAAUCUGAGCAAACUUCUUCAUAUCGCACUUUAUUGCCAUGGCCGACAAUAAAGGAUUUGUGGUUCAAUACUUUUCCGAUGGUACAUACGACGCUUACAGAAAGUUUCAUUCCCGUGGACCAAACGAAGAAGAUGCCGGCAAGAAUGAUCCAUGCUUUUCUAUAGUAUUUGACGACGAACCGAUAAAGGGAAAAUGGGAUUCCACUGACGGAUUUUUCCAGUUGGUGCCCGAUGGAAAGCGGACAUUUGUCGGCACAGUGUGUUUUGAGCCUCCUGUGCCGGGCGAUGUGGCUCCCAGUGGGUUUGAGGGCGCUGCUCGGGCGCCUGACCCCGUCCAACACCAGGAUGGCAGCUGGUCGCAAGUGGGCCCGCCUCUGUUCCGUGGGCUGGCGUAUUCCGGAAAACCAGGAGAGCGGAUCAAAGCGGUUUAAGGAGCAAACUCAUCCAUGAUACUUCUAUCGAUCAGUGCUUACAUUGUCUUUCCAUAUUUGGACCGGCAUGGAAUCGAUACGCAAGCAAAAAGCAAUUGUUUGUACUCGUACUUCUGCAUGUAUACGGUUGAAGUGCUUCUAUAAGGUGAAUAAAGCGGAUAGCAAACCGGUUA